CAUAAAAAUUCGUACUUUAACAAAAAAUUAACAAAAUUUUAUGGCAUCUAUUUCUGUCUUCACCUUCAAAACACGUUAAUAAACGUUCGACAUAUUUAAGAAAAAAAAAAAAAAAAUUGUAUUUCUUUCAUCGUAGAAACUUCACAAAAAUAAUCUUGUCCGAUUUCUUGAUGGUGGAAAUGUCUAAAAUACACAUCGAUCGGUAUUUUAUUUACAAAAACAAUUGAUAAACUGAAGUUUCUUAUAAAUCAAGGAUAUGGAAUUCGUAUUAAUUUAAAUAAAUAAUUAAUGCAAAUGAAUUGCACAACUAUUUGUAUCAACUGUUGGAUCGUUAUAGACACUGACUCUUAUAUCAUUUUUUUUUCAACGCAAUUAAAAUCAAAAAAUAAAUUCAAGAAUAUUAAACUUGUCCACUAUCAACUUCGUAAUAACAAGCUUAUAAAAUAUAAAUUUUAUCUAUAUUGAAGUUGUUUUCUACAAACAGAAAAAAAAAAACAUUAUCGUGAUGCAUCUUCUGCAUUUGGAAAGUUACGAAACACAUCUGCCACGGUAUCUCAAAACACAAAGCUGUCGUGAACUUGACGUUCAAUAAUCGGGAUCAUACGAAUUAUAUGCUUAGAGGUGAUUGACGACAAUCCAUUAAACCUUACGAAAGUCCAUCGUUCGUUAUCCGAAUCCUUUAAAAGCUUCUUCUUCUUCUUCUUCUUCUUCUUCUUCACCUAACGAAGCUCGAUAAUGGUCAUACACGCGCAUUUUUUUUUCGACGUCGACGAGGAGAAAAGAGAAAAAGAAGGAGAAGAGAAAAAGAAGAGAGCGAAGUUGAGGAAAGAGACGCAUAGAGAUUUACAUAAAUCAUCGUCUGUUCCUAUAUAAUGGUUGCUUAAAAUAUCGAGAGUAAAGAUCGGUGGGCGGAAGAGGAACACCAACACUGAAACAAAAAUGGAAUUUUAUUUUAUUUCGGUCGGUAUCACCAACACGCACGAGUGACGAUUAUUCAAGAAACAUUUUGUUCGCUACGAUCAUCUCUCCACGAUGAGCAGACCUUCAAAAGAAGUCAAUUAAAAAAUCUAGUUCUUCCAAUGCCAUCCGAUUGCGAAAUAAACUGGAGGGAGCAUUGGUCAAGUAUAAAAGAUCGAAAUAUCUCUGGGACGAUAUUCCACUCCUUAUUCAAACAGCAUAUCGUAAACAUGAGGUUGCUACUGAUCGGUCUGACUUAUCUGACGGUCACCUCGGCUUUCCCCGAGCCAAAGCAAAAGAGGGACAUUCUGCCGGGCGAUCCACGUUACGGAAUCGAUCAUCAUCUCGACAACGUGGUACAAGUUAAAACCUUCAACGACGGAUCUGUGGUACAGGACGUGUAUGGACCUCCUGGAUAUCAACCGGGCGCUCCCCUUGGCAACGAAUACUUGUCACCUCUCGCUAUAACUGAAUAUUCUACACCGGUUGCUGAAGUGGUUAACGUGGAACCUGAAAAAGUAGCAUCGACCACAACAUUCUCGGUUCCCGUUGAAAGCGUCGAAACGGUAAACGUUACACCUCCAUCACCCUCUUACGGUACUCCCGUCAAGACCGCUGUAGAUACCGAAUCUCAAGUCAAAUCCACGAUCAAAACCGUAAAGACUCAAGUUCACGAAGGAUCUCCGUCGACUGUGAACAUCGUUGAACGUGGGCCUACCGUGAAACAAGUAACACAGUUUACCGGCGGAGCGAAGACCAUCCCCUCAGCUACGACAACCGCGAGGAAGAACGUUGUUGGCAACACCCUUCUGCCCACUGUCUACGCUUCUUACGGCGGACUCCUUAACAUCCCAGAUUACGGCGUUUCUUCCCAACUUCCUUCCCUCUAUUCGACAGUACAACAACCCCUCCCCGUCGACCACGCCGUCAAUCUCAACGUUCCUCUUCCCCUCUCACCAUCCCUUUAUCCGAACAAAAAUGUUCCAACCGCGUAUUCCAUCGCGCAGCCGGCCUUCUCGGUUCCGCAUAUCGUGCAACGGGCCCCCCUUCACAGCCUCUACGCGUCGCUUCCUUUCGAAACGCUGUCUCCGGUAUCUUCCGUGGCCACCUUGACCCCGGUGCAACCCGUGGACCCGAAUCUGGUGCACACCGUGGAAUCUGUCAACUCUGUGAAGACCUCGUCGCCUGUGCAACACGCGGUGCCAACCGUGGUCAAGACGUUAACACCCGUGGUGAGCGUGUCGACGGUGAGCCCUCUCCGAUCCGUGGACACCGUGGAUCCGAUCAACUCGGUGGGAAUCGUGUCGCACCAGCCAGUCGAGACCCAACACUCUGUGACCGAAGUGCUGAAAACCAAAUCGGUACCCGUGAUCCAUAUCCCGAAUCAGACCCAGCAGGAUAAGCAAUUCUUGAACAUCUUCUACCAGCUUGCCAUGAUGUAUCUGCCCAACUUUCGACCCCCGUCCUCGACCUCGACGACGACGCCUUCCUCCAACGCAAAUUCUAAAUCGGAGUCAACCUCGAUCCCACCCGUGGUCAAAGUUUCUCUUUUGAGCGAUACUUACAAUCGAGAACUCGUCGGUGUGAAUAAUCCGGUAUCGGUUGGUAAGCAGGUGGUGAGCGUGACGCCGGCCAACGAGUACGUUCAAUCGACGGAAGCCAACGGCGGAUAUGUUUAUUGAGAAUAAAUCGUACGAUCUGAUCUGUUUUUGGGGAGCUGUUUUAGAAUCGAUUCGGUCGAUGAUCGAAAAGAUUAUUUUAUUGAAACUGAGCGUAACAACACGAGUUAAUCCCCCCCGAUUAAAGAUGAAUGAAAUGCACGACGAUGUUAUAAGUAAAUAAAAUUCUUUUAUUAUUAUAAACGUUGGAUUAUCAGUUAUUUCUAACAAUUAUUAUCUUUGCAACUUUCGAUCGAUGAAAUCAUAGGUGAUAUUUGGUUAACGUUUAUAUAUUAUAGCAUGAUUGAUGUUAAUAAUAAUAAUAAUUUGAGGCGAUUGAAAGAUGUAAAAGCGUUUUUCGAGGAAGAGAAAAUUCAGGAAUUUCUUUUUCUUUUUUUCUUCGAUCAUGGAAUUCUGUUACCAUACUUUACAUUUGUUCGGAGGAUUCAUAUUAGAUCCCGCAGGACAAUUCCACGCUUCGCUGAACUCUUUGGAAUUCCUGAGAACUCCGAGAAGUCUCACGUGUCCAGGGCAAUGGCUGUCUUGUAAUAUCCAUCUCAAAGAUUUUGGAGUAUAGGCCUCGCACCAAAUCUAAGCAGAAAAAUAUAUAUAUAAAAACCUGAAUAAAUUAGACAUAAUGAAUGUCUUCUACAAAAAAAAAAAAUUCGUAAAAUAAAAAUUUCUUGCGAAU